CGCUUCUGCCAUGGCCACACUCUUGAUGCGACUCGCAAUGAGGUUAACACCGGCUAUUAUGCUCUUCGUAAUGGAUGACUGUUGGCACUUCGAAGGAUAUCCGGGGUCUCUGGUGGAUGAAGCGUAGAGUCGUAUGUUCCCGGAAGCAUGGCCAGAUUCGGUGCCCGCGCCACAAAAUCUGCAUGAACAUGCUCUUGAGCUUGCGGGGGGCUAAACCGGACCACUUCGGGAUCUUGUUCAGUCAACAUCAAGCCAUAACCUUCAACGGUGACCGAUACGGGAUAGAGUACCCCUAAAGAAGUGGUCCAAGGGGAGAAUCACCUUGGCAGGCGAUGCUGCCCAUGCGACGUCCCCGUAUGCAGCGUACGGGGCCGGAAUGUCUAGCUACGAUGGGUACUUUAUCGGCCAACGGCUUCACGGCAUUGACCUCUCCGAUAAGACUGCAGUUCUCAGAGCGUUGGAGGAGUACGAGGUGAUCCAGCUCCACCACACCACGAGCCAGGUGAAUGGAGCUUACUUCCUCGGGCAGCUGUUCCAUCACGUUCCAUUCCCCCUCACCCUUUUGCGCGAUUGCUUCCUCGAUUGGACCGGCUUCCUCCAAGGCCAAGUUGGGGACCGGAAUCCUCAAGAGAUUAUAGCACAGUUGUCAACUAUGGGCCCAGGUGUUUCACCGUACACGGAGUAAAUAGAGCCGUUCUCUUAGGGAUUAUACAGAGUCGUCCGAAAUGCUGCUUAAACUUCGACCGACCGUGUCUUACAAUCGUGAAUAGACGACCUUGGAUCGGUACUGGAUUAAAUUUUGAUUAAUGACUGAAAUAAACGCUCCUUAUGGCGAAUUACCUAGGUAAC